AUGUUAGAAGAGGUUGAUGGUGAUGAUUCAUUGGUUGAUCAGACAGAAUGCUUCAAGCGUGCACUUGGAGAAAGAAGCGAUCAUACAAGAGGUGUUGGAAGAAAAAUGAAAAAUAUAACACCAUAUUAUGUGCCAAGUACAUCAACCAAUGCCCAAAACUUCAAUGCAUUUGCUCAAGAGUUGACUCAACAAAUGAGUCAACAAUUUACCAAACAGAUGCAUCAAAUUUUCUUAUCUCAAAAUCCAAACGCCCAACCACCACAAUUUCAAUUUACUUUUGAUCAUUCCCGACUACAAGUUCCAAACGGUCAUGAUGUCAAUGAAGAAGAUGAAGAAAGUCGAGGAUAUGAAAAUGAAGAUGAUGAAAAUAAAGAAUGGGUAAGUAGUUCUAGUGGAUCUGAUAAUUAG